CCCGUUUGCAUCCCUGCGUACACACUGUUCUUGCCUGUGUGUGUGUGGGACCGACUGGGAGGAGGGAUCCUGUCGUGUGCUACGUGCCGAAUUGUUCUCCAAAAUCGUGUAGAAAGAAAUCGAGCUGCCAAUUCGCGAUUUACCAGACAACCACGGACAUAGGCCUAGAGCUACUGCGUUAACGUGUACUGUAGAAGACCAACCUAGGCUAUUAAAUGAAAUGUUCAGUGUAUUUGUUUCGUUCGUUUAAGUCAACACUACCAAUCAAUGAUUGUAGACACAACGUUAAGUGGCGAGAUUAUUUUUCAUAGGUAACGCAAGCAAGUAUCUUUUGCUAACGGGGUUCGCUGAGAACCCACAUCAUUUCGGACAAGUUAGAUAGGCUACCUUGUCUCCUCAUCCACUGGUACAGCGCUUAUCUCUAUCGAUUCCCGUGUUUAUCGGUAGGAAAACGGGAGCCAAGAGAUAGACUGGAUAUCCAUGAGCUCCGACUAUCAACACUACAGUUUCAGAAUGCCGAAUAUAGGGUUCCAGAACCUGCCCCUUAACAUCUACAUCGUGGUCUUUGGCACGGCCAUAUUUGUCUUCAUCCUCAGUCUCCUCUUCUGCUGCUAUCUGAUUCGGUUACGGCAUCAGGCACACAAGGAGCUCUACGCAUACAAACAGGUCAUACAGAAGGAAAAGGUCAAAGAACUAAAUUUACAUGAGAUAUGUGCAGUAUGCUUGGAGGAAUUCAAACAGAAAGAUGAACUGGGGAUCUGCCCUUGCAAACAUGCCUUUCAUCGAAAGUGCCUCAUCAAGUGGCUGGAGGUGAGGAAGGUGUGCCCGCUGUGCAACAUGCCCGUCUUACAGUUGGCCCAGCAGCAGGGCAGCCCAGAGCCGCAGGGCCCCAUGCAGCAGCCCCUGCCUGGGGUGGAGAACCUGGUGUAGCAGUCCCACCCUCCACCCUCCGCGGCCACUUCCCUUCCACCCGUCUGCCCAGAGACCUGCUGGCCCGUCCCCAGCUCCCAGAGGCACUGCCUUACCUGCCCUCACCGCCCUCACUCCCGCUGCCAGUACAGGUACACGUGUCGUGCACACAACCAGUGGCAGAUGGAAGGCAGACCCUGAUUUCUAAGCAGCAACGUCCAUGCUGCUGCAAUCUAACCGCCUGACGUCUUGCUCUGACCUUGUGGUUCACACCCCCUAGGCACAUGCAAACAGCGUCCACAACACAAACCAAGACAACUUUUAAGAAGAACUCACCUUUUUAUGGAUUUUCAAGAUUCUCCUCCACCUAGGUUGUUUCCGUUUCAUUAUUAUUAUUUUUUUUUCUCUGUGGCCAAGAAGUGGUCAUUCUGACUGUUUUCACAACCAAAGCACUUUUCUGGGGACACCAGCACAAGAAGACAAGCAGAAACGGAAAAAAAAACUACAAGUACAAAACUACAAGAUGGAAAGCGGCUGCAUUUUCAAUGAACAUUUUUUGUUGUUUUUGUCUUUUUUUAACAAGCACUUUAUGAGAACUCAACCUUAAUUGCUUGUGAGGUAGUAGCAAGGUCAUAUUUUAUAUUUUAUUAAAAUGAAUUAAUUGUAUUUCUUUUUCUUUUCAUUUAUUUGAAAUGUAAAGAAUCUCAACUGUUUGAUUUUUAUUAGUUGGGAUAUUGAUUUGAAAGGAGAGAAAGCAAAGAUAAUUUAAUGAAGAUGUCUAAAAGGGAUACUAACUUCCCAUGAAUAAUGUCAAGAAAGUUGGAACAGUUAUUGAUGGCGUCAUGCGCAAAACACACAGGAAUGAUUGAUUAAUUGCGACUGAGGAGCGUGUGUGUGUGUGUGUGUGUGUGUGCGUGCGUGCAUGCAUGCAUGCAUGUGCGUGCGUGCAUGCAUGCAUGUGCGUGCGUGCAUGCAUGCAUGUGCGUGUGCGUGCAUGCAUGUGCGUGUGUGUGUGUAUGUAACUGUGCAUGUUUUUAGUGUGUUCAGUUUUAGGUCAGGUGGCGGCGGAGGUAAAUCAUCUAAAUGUGAAUGUGGAGUGUUUAGGGAGUGGCAGCUGGUCACUCCUGGUCAGGGGGUGGCCUGUAAAGCCUGGGCUAUGUUCAUGUGAAGAGAUAGUGUCCCAUGUGAAGGAUGUGCAUCAUGUUGACAAUGAGCACACAGGAGCCGACUUUGUGAAAGGUGAUUGUGAACACAUCUGAGAUGUGCAGCAGUGCUCCAUGAAUCGAAGGUUUAAGCUUAAACGGCUAGAAUAUCGUUUUCAAACGUAAUUGUUGCCAAUAGCCUAUACCUUUUCCUUUAAUGCAGCCUAAUGAGUGGUGGUUAUGUUGGUUGGCAGAAAGUUCUAUCAAAGAUGGUACAAAAUUAAGAGACAAAUAUUUCACGUGCUGUUGAUUUGUCAAACAUAUUUACACAAAUAGCAUAAUCUAUAUACACUGAAAUACAUAUUCUGGUUAUUCUGUGAAAAGUGGAAGAAAAAAAAAGAAGCGAAAAUGUUACAAAGAAUUCUGAAAUAUCACUCAACUAUCAACUUCUGAUCUGUCCUCUUCAGGUCACCAUGGAGCGCUGUUGGCAUUUCUGUCUGAAACUAUUUUAGCUGAUCAGUUACCAUCUUUAUUAUCUCAUAUUACACUUAUAACAGAAUGUUGGCUUUGAUCUUAGCCCUCGUGUUCAUGUUUCCAUGACAUUCAGCAAAGCAGCAAGUAUACAUAAUUUGUAUGUGUUUGCAUUUUUAAUGAUGUAUCACAUUGGAAAGUAACACAGUUCAGUUCGAGGAACUGGUCACGAUUCACAAACCGAACAAAGAUCUUAUCCCUGCAACCCCAGAAAAUGAGCCUUUUUUCAGAGCUGUGGUCUCAACACCAGCAGCCCUUGGAGGACUUAUUUUAGGGAGAA